UUGAGGGAAAGCCAAUUAUUGGGUCUCUUCUGUGGGAGAAAUGGUGACAGAAAUUUUUGCUCUCACCUUCCUCCUAACAGUGGGAAAUUUAGCCCACUGUCAGGAAUGGGAGAAUCUUCUCUUCGUCAAGAUGGGAGAAAUGCUGGAGAAGCAAGAAGCAGCCUUAAUGAAGCAAGAAGCAGCCUUGAGCCAGCUGAAGGGAAUGCAGGGGAAACAGGAACAGGUCGAAGGCAAACUUCAAGAAAUCCAGGAGAAACAACACCACGUCGAAGGCAAGCUUCAAGAAAUGCAGGAGAAACUUCAAUGGGUCAAAAUUAACCUUCAAGAUUUCCAUCAUGAACUGGAACACGUGAAAGGUGCAGUGAACAGCAACCAGGACUCCUUGCAAAAUAUCUCGGCGAAACUGGAGAUAUUAGAAGACGUCGACGAGUGCGCCCAAGGGAAGGACGAGUGCAGCCCCCUGGCAACAUGCAGGAACUCCGUCGGGAGUUACAGCUGCUCCUGCAACCCACCUUUCGAGGGAGAUGGACGAACCUGUGAGUUCUCGUGCGAAAGCCCGGCCAAGGUCCUCGGGAGUCUGGGAUGCGUGAAGCCUGUGACGGAAUGGAAGACUUUUGAGGAGAUAAAGGCCACCUGCCACCAGGCAGGUGGCCGUCUCCUACAGAACUUCUCCAUUGGCAGUUUACAGGAAGUUAUUCGGGCUCUUACUUAUCAUGUAUGGAUGGGAUGGACAGGAUGGCUGGGAGUCCACGAAGGCAGAUGGCUGGAGAGUGGACUCUCUCUACAAGAAGGGCUUUGGACAGAAGGUUCCCGGGGAUCAGACCCUUCCCUUGAGGAGGGGGCUUUGUGGCAUCACUUAUUGGGAUUCUUCUUCUUCUUCGUACAAACCUUGAUGAUGCAACUAUGUGUUACGAAACGCGUCGGCAAUAAAUGUACUAUCACCUGAUGACCGGCUAUCUCCUUGUCACCCUGUCCUUCCAUAUGCUGUGGCCCACUUGCACCAAUGUUUUCUGUCUUAUGUCUGGGGACUCUGCUCAGGCUUCUUCCGGUGGCUCACAUGGAGUUCAACCAUUGGUUCUACGUCCCUCUGUUUCUGAUCCGCGUCCGUUCCAGAGGAUUCACACAUUUUCACCAAUCAGUUCGCAACUGAUAUGGUGCAGAUGUCUUGUCCCUAUGCAGAUCCUUGGAGACGACUACUAAAAAACUCGAGAAAACCAAGUUGGACCUGGAUUUUUUACAUUAUAGCCAGAAAGCUCAACAAGAUUAUCCCGAAUUUUAUUAAAUUUAAACUGUAUCGUGCCUCUCUGUACCAAACUGAAUUCUAUGCUGAUGCCACCAACAAAUUAUUAAACAUGGAAAUCAAUACAAAAAACUUUUAUGUAACUAAACAUUUAUCUUCUGCACAAUGUUUAUUUCAACGUGUUCGAAGCACCCUGUCUUUCAUUGAUUUUACUAUUUUUCAAAUUCUGUUUACAAAAACAUUUCUGACCAUAUUACCA